GUUGCGACUUGCGACUAGUUUAGAUGACGUUUGGUACUGGACAAGCCGGACAAGCUGGUGAAUAAAUUGAUAUUUGAUAGUAGGGUAGUUAUUAUUCUAUGGGAAUAAUCACCACUAUAAUCGUAAAUCGUUUUUGAAAAUUGAAAUAGUCAAAUACUAAAUAGUAAAUAGUCGUAGCAUAGAUAAGUAUAAUAGUCGUAGUAUAGUCAACAGCACAAAUAAACAUUGAAAUAUUUAAAAAUUGUGUUACCGACAACCGACUAACAGUUGCACACUCACACGGAAUCAAAGUAAUUAAAUGUUCAUACUCACUCGCUACUCAAAACAACAACACUAAUCUAUUCAAUUGAUUUAAUCCUACAGCAGACAAACAAAACGAUGUCAGCUGCAGGUCAACAAAAUAAUGAUGUACAAGAAUUUGUGUGCCAAGUUAUGGGUCUGAAAUCCAGAAAAAUGUCUGGAAGUCCAGACACUGAUGAGAUAAAAAACAUAACAAACACUUUUCGUUGGCUUCGGAACAAUUCGCCUCGUCUUGACGACAGUAGCAAGUGUCAACUGUUAGAUUCAGGACUGAUUGAAACCUGUUCUUGGUAUUGUGACAAUUUUUUUGCCAAUGAGCCGUUGAGUCAAAGUGUAUUGUUACAGUUUUUGGCCAACUUCUCAGUGGGUCACGAAAGUGCUCAACGCCAGAUAUUUGGAGGUUUCUGUGGCAUAUUAAGACAUUUUAUUUUAUCUUCUGGAGAUUCCAAACUAUUGAACAAUUCAAUGAUGCUGCUGUAUAACUUGUGUUUGUGUGAUGUCAACUUCAGAUCAGAGAUCUUAAAAAACAUUAUUAUAAUUCAACAAAUUAUGACUCAUUGGACUCAAAAUGAAAUAGAAUAUAGUAAAAUAUUUUUAGAUUCAAUCUUCUCAAAUUCAAAAGAUUUUUUAUUAGUCUAUAAAAAUCUUCCUGAUACUUCUAAAGAUCAAUUAAUGRACAUUAUUUGCAUUUGGCUUGAUCAUUAUAGUGAAGAAGUAUCUAUAGAUGUCAUUGUUGUGAUAAAAAACAAUUUUUUUAUUGAUUGUGCCAUAGAAAAAAUAACAUCUCAUGUAGUGAAUGUUAUCGCUAAGGCUUCAAAUAUAGAAAAAUUUAAUUCUGAAAUCAAAAAAGACACUACUCUAUUAAAAAAAAUCAUGGAUUUGUUGGUAUUCAUACAUAAGCGUGCCAAUGAUAAUGACGGUUUAAACAAUGAAUUUAGUCGUGUGAAGGAUUUGUCAGUUUUAUUUGAUUCAGAUAUACAAACACAUAAUAGAUUUUGGUUCAAAUCAGAUCUAAUACGAUUGAUAGCAAACAUGUGUUAUAAUCACCAAGAACAUCAAAACCUAAUGCGUACUKACAAUAUUAUUCCCAUACUGUUGGAAUGUUGUUCAUUUGAUGCUAAAAAUCCCUUGAUGCGAGAAUGGAGUUUAUUUGCACUUAGAAAUAUUUUGGAAGGAAAUCUGGAUAAUCAAAAUUUUGUAGCUAAUAUAGAUUCUGUCAGAUCCAUUGAUACUGAAUCAUCAGUUACACUAACAGAUACACUUAAAAUGGCUUCAAUUAAGAAUUCCAUUUCAGAUAAUGACACCAUGUUUAUCUAAGUUGAUUUAUCAGUUUUAGUUCUGAUUACCACUAAGCUGAAUUUUACAACCACUAUUUAUUGUUUGUAUAUAUUAUUAUGUGAUUUUAUUAAGUAAGAAAAUUAAAUAUUUUAGU